AGUAUGCUCUCUCAGGGACAGUCUCAGCGUCAAGCGUGACUUAAUGAAGCGCCGUAAAGAUGUUGCAAUCUGGCAAAACUUGUUGAUUUACUCGAAGGAGAUAAAAACAUCAGAUUUAUGCAAAGAGAAGUUUAAUGAUUUUGUGAUUCAGUCUAAGAAGAACUACCAGGAAACAAAAUCAGCUUUUCUAAUUCCGUCUGACAACAAGAUUAGAGUAAUUAUGCUAGAUAAGUGCACUUGAAAGAUGGAGCAAGUUAAGGAUAGAUGGAAGAUCAGAUUCUCUCAGAACAACAAGUCAUUGGAGAUAUUUUAUGAAACCAAGGAGAAAUGCCAAAAAUGGUUUGACGCAGUUGAAGAGGCAAAGAAUCCCAAACCAAAAAAGACCCCCUCUGAUGAUGACUCAUUUACAGGCAUUCCAGGGAUCGAUGAGGAAGAGAAGAUUGGCAGAUUUACUCUAAUGGAAGAGGUAUCUCACUCAACUAUCAGCAAAAAGCCAGUUAAGGCUGAUUUUGGAACUCAGCAUUUCCAAGACACACAGGAUGCUUCAAUGGAGACGGUUCCUAAGCUAACCGCUGAGGUAGAUACUGCUACAGAAGUCAAAGAAUUCAGAGAAGCAAUGGUUGUGACUGAUGAUAAAGAAACCAAAGAUAUUUCAACAGCCACGCAGCAGAAGACCACAAGAGAGGUAGAUAUUGGAACAGAGCAAAAGAAGUAUUUGGAUAGUGCAACCUGUACUGAGAGAAAAGAGUAUAAAAGCUCUGGGUUCUGAACUCCAAAGAUUGCAACUUCAGAGGUUGAUUUGAUGACCGAAGUAAUAAUCAUGAAGGAAGCUGAGGUUUCAACAAUGGCCAAAGAGCUAUUCGAUAGCUCUACAAAUACUGACAAAGUUAACUUCAUUGAUGCUAACUCUGCUGGAUCUAUUGCUCAAAAUUGAGCUUAUCUUAUUCAUCAAGAAAAAGAGCUAGAAGCUCAGAUUGCAAGAAAAGAGGAAAUUAGGAAAAACCAACAAGUUUUCUCAAAAUUAUAUGAGAAUACCUUAAGCGAGUCAAAGAGAAAAGUAAUGAGCCAACUCAGAGAUAAGUAUUUGGACUUUAAGGACUGGAACUUAGAAGAGGUGACAAAUAGAUCUUUUAUUUAUUCUUCAAAGACUCCCAAAGAAAUCGAUAUUUCUAAAAACCCUCCAAAAGUAGAGAAGCAGGUGCCAAGCUAUAAGACACAGGACUUGCAGAUCCUUGCAGGACUGAUCCUUCUAGCAUGCUAUGGGAACUUCCCAUUGCUUCUAUUAUCUCUAGGAGUUCUUGGAUAUUUUGUGUAUACGAGAGAAGAAAACGAAAUCGUUACAACGUCCGCUGAGCCAAUGAUAAUUAGUUCUAUCUAUAAGUGAACAACCAACUUCAUGAAGCAUCCAGAUGACCUAGCAUUUGCUCUCUGUAAGCCAAAGCACAGGAAGAAUUGGGAUCUGGGCAUUGUUGGUAUCAAUGGGCCAGAAGUCCCUUCUAUAACUCAGAACGAAAUUAGUAUUGAUUACCAAUCCUCUCGUGACAUUUGUGUUUCUGAGGAAAUUUCCUACACUUUUUACAGAGAGGAGGAAAAUUUGUUGUACAUCAUUGAAGAGACAAGUUGUGACAUUAGCAGUGAAGAUAAGGCUUACAGGCUUUAUGAACUAAAACAUAAGCUUGACAAGUCAGAAAAUGAGUACUAUGAGCUGACCAUUUAUGGAGAAAUUUGACCUCAUCUGACUUUUCAUCGGACUGAACAAGACUACAAGGUUGCCUUCACUCAAGGCCUGAUGCUGUAUUCUGAGACGUGUUCUGAGUUGCCUUCUUCAAAGAUGGCUUUCAGCCUAAGGAAGUCUUCUGGCCCAGAAAACGAUGGAAGGAUUAACUUUAAAUAUCAUAAAACCAGCGAACUCGAGCAGAUAAAUGAGUCUGAGGAAAUGUCCAUCAAUGAUGAUAUUGAAGAGUACAACCUCUCGCAAUUCAACAUGAAGGACACUCUUUUGACGGUGGAGGACAUCAAAGAGGGCGAAAGCGAGGAUUAUGAUACUAACUCCGAUACCUCUCUUAGUUGCAUUAAGAAGGAAUCCCAAGAGCUUAAAUUGUCCAGGAUCGAAAGUGAAGAAAAUUGAGACUCGAGGUCAAAAUCAAUGGAGGGAGAGUAUUUACAGCCAACUAGAUUCCUUGAGAAGAGCUCUUUGUCUAAAUCAGAUCUGAGUAACCCUGCUAAGGACUCAAAUGGUGCAGUAGCUAGUCCUUAUAGCAAGGCUUAGGAGAUGACCAAUGAUGCCUAUAAUUCAUCAGACAUUUAGAUAGUAGUACAAUUGAUAUUAUUUCA